AUGUUCGGUUCACUGGGGUUUGGAAGCUCAAACCCAUUUGCCACGGGUACAAAGACCGGCUCAGCAUUUGGAAGUAGUGGAUUUGGCUCAUCAUCUAAUAAUAAUCAAACUUCAUCAGGUUUUGGAAAUUCAGGCUUUGGUAGUUCAGGUUUUGGAUCAUCAGGAUUUGGCAAUAAACCUCAACAACAACAAUCAACUAGUACAGGUUUUGGUAGUUCUGGAUUUGGAAGUUCUGGAUUUGGAAGUAGUCAAGCGAAACCAUCACCAUUUGGCUCACAACAAACAUCAUCAGCAUUUGGAUCACAAACAAACAAUAAUCAAUCAAGUUUUGGAAAUUCUGGGUUUGGAAGUUCAGGUUUCGGUAAACCAACAAAUACAACAUCAGCAUUCGGAAAUCAAACAACUACAUCAUCAGCAUUUAAUAAACCAGCAUCAGCAUUUGGUUCACUAUCUACAUCUCAACCAUCUGCAUUUGGAUCAUUAAAUAAUCAACCACAAACCACAUCAGCAUUUGGUUCAUCAAAUACAUCAACUACGUCUUCUGCAUUUGGAGGGUUUUCUGCUCAAACUACAAAUACUUCUAAUCCGUUUGGAACACAGAAAGCCAAUCCUUUUGGACAAUCAAGUUCUAAUGCAUUCCAACAAAAUAAUAAUAGUAGUAGUCCAUUUGGUCAAACAAAAACAGAAUCUAAUAGUAUAUUUGGACAACAGAAACCUAAUCCAUUUGGUCAAGCUCCAGAAAAAUCUAACCCAUUUGGACAAACUCCAGAAAAGCCAAAUCCUUUUGCACAAUCAUCAAAUAAACCAAACCCAUUCGGUCAAACUACAACAACAAGUACUUUUGGUCAACCAAAAACUACUUCUUCAACCUUUGGUCAACCCUCGACAAACACAGCUGCAUUUGGUCAACCACAAACUAACCCGUCACCCUUUGGUCAAGCUCAACCAUCACCAUUUAAUACAAAACCUACAACAAAUACUCAAUCAGAUACUACUACUGCAGUUGAUAUUGCAAAUUUAAGUGCUGUGGUAAUAGAAGCUUUCAAAUCUGCUCAUUUUGAGUUGGGUAAAGUGCCUGAUAUACCACCACCACCUCAAUUUAUUCUGUGA